UUCAUCGAAUCCUACCAAUUAGUUUCUGAGAGCAGUUUGAGUUUGUUUUAUAUUUACCAAUUUGCAGCAAAGAGUGAGUGAUCGUUUGAUGAAAUCUGAAAAUAAAAAAUUAAAGAUUGAUCCGCAGCAAAAAAGUGAAAUUUGGAGAAGUAGUAAACUGAUAAUCCGAAAAUGCUAUAAGUAAAGCAAACGACAUAUGUUUCCCGCAUAAAAGUGUCGUUUAGCUUAACAAGCAGUGGUUUAAUUUUAAUUUUACGCUUUGUAGUUCACAACGGCUCAAAAGAUCGAAUUAGAGAGAAGCUAUUCUCCGCCAAAUUCAAAACCGGAUUAAGGACUUGCUCUCUUUUCAAUUGAGAGCAGGAAAUCUGAGAGAAGAAAAAAAUAAAAAAAAUAAAAAAGAGUGGCAGUGAUGAUAUUUUGUUCGGUUAAGCUUGUUGCAUCCCACCCAGUUGCUUGUUGUAUUUCCCGAAUGAGAAUUGGUAUUUGUCAGCUUUAUAUUGUUAUAACCAAACAGACAAAACCAACAAACAAACACUUCACUAACAGGAUGGUGCCCCCAUGUCUAACUUCUUCAAAAACCAAAACAAUCUCCCAGUUCCUCCAUCAAUUAUCAAAGUUUAAACCCUUUCCACUUUUGGGUUUCUCUGAUUAUUCCACACAGCGAUUGGCAAAUGAUCAUAAACUCACCCCAGAUACGGAGCAAAGCAUAUACACAAUGCUUACGAUAGACCGUUGGGAGUCACUGAACCACAUGGAAUAUAAGCUAGCUUCACUGAGGCCAGUCCAUGGGAGGUUAGCUUUGAAGUUCCUCAAUUGGGUCAUUCAACAACCUGGUUUGGAACUCCGUCACCUUACUCACAUGCUCUCCAUUACUACGCAUAUCCUUGUUAGAGCUAGACUGUAUGAGAAUGCCAAAUCAAUUUUGAAACAUCUCUCACAAAUGGGUGUUGGUUCAAAGUCAGUUUUUGGUGCAUUAAUGAACACUUACCCAUUAUGCAAGUCAAACCCAUCUGUAUUUGACCUCUUGAUUAGGGUUUAUUUGAGAGAAGGAAUGGUUGGUGAUGCUUUGGAGACAUUUCGUUUGAUGGGUAUUCGUGGAUUUAACCCUUCUGUUUAUACUUGUAAUAUGUUGCUGGGUAAACUGGUGAAGGAACGGAAAGUUGGGGCAGUUUGGUUGUUUUUCAAGGAAAUGCUUGCUAGAAGGGUUUGUCCUGAUGUUUCCACUUUUAAUAUAUUAAUCAAUGUUUUGUGUGUGGAAGGGAAGCUUAAGAAAGCUGGUUACCUCUUAAAAAAGAUGGAAGAGAGUGGUUAUGUGCCAUCUGUAGUCACUUAUAAUACUGUGCUCAAUUGGUAUUGCAAGAAGGGAAGGUAUAAGGCAGCUCUUGAGUUGAUUGAUCAAAUGGGGUCUAAGGGCAUUGAAGCAGAUGCAUGCACAUAUAACAUGCUUGUUGAUGAUUUGUGUAAAAACAAUAGGAGUGCAAAGGGUUAUUUACUCUUGAAAAAGAUGAGGAAGAGAAUGAUUUCUCCUAAUGAGAUUACUUAUAAUUCUAUUAUUAAUGGUUUUGUUAAGGAGGGAAAGAUUGGAGCUGCUACCCGGAUUUUUCAAGAGAUGUCUAUGCUUAACCUAUUGCCGAACUGUGUAACCUACAAUGCUUUGAUUGAUGGGCAUUGCCAUGAUGGUAAUUUUGAACAAGCUUUGACAAUUCUGGAAAUGAUGGAAGCAACAGGGCCAAAGCCUAAUGAAGUCAGUUACAGUGCUCUUUUAAAUGGUCUAUGCAGGCAUGCCAAAUUUGAAUUAUCCAAAAGUAUUCUUGAGAGAAUGAGGAUGAAUGGCAUGAUUGUUGGUUGUAUAGCAUACACAGCAAUGAUUGAUGGCUUAUGCAGAAAUGGAUUACUUAAUGAAUCUGUGAAAUUGCUUGAUAAGAUGCUCAAGGAUGGUGUAGUUCCUGAUGUUGUCACAUUUUCUGUGCUCAUAAAUGGAUUUUGCAGAGUGGGGAAAAUAAAAAAUGUGAAGGAAAUAAUAUGCAAAAUGUACAAAGCUGGUCUUGCCCCGAACAGUAUCAUUUAUACUACUUUGAUCUAUAAUUAUUGCAAAACAGGGGAUGUUGUUGAGGCAUUUAAAGUCUAUGUAGCUAUGAGUCGCAUUGGCUAUGAUGCAAACUGUUUUAUAUGUAAUGUGUUAGUGUCAUCUCUUUGUAAAGAUGGAAAGGUUGGAGUGGCAGAGUAUUUCUUCCAUCACAUGAGUAAGAUCGGCAAUGUUCCUAACUCCAUUACUUUUGAUUGUAUAAUAAAUGGUUAUGGGAAUUCAGGCAAUGGGUUAAAAGCAUUCUCCAUGUUUGACGAGAUGAUAAAAGCAGGUCAUCAUCCAAGUCAUUUCACAUAUGGUGGUCUACUUAAAGCACUAUGCAGGGCUGGAAAGUUCAAGGAGGCAAAGAGAUUAUUGGAUAAACUCCACUAUAUUCCUUCUGCUGUUGAUACUGUUACUUAUAAUACAAUUCUUGUGGAAACAUUUAAAUCGGGGAUGUUGACAGAUGCAGUGGCCCUUUUUGAUGAAAUGGUUCAACGUAAUGUGCUGCCCGAUAGUUAUACAUAUGCUAUAAUCUUUGCUGGAUUAAUUCGGAGGGGCAAAAUGGUUGCUGCUCUUCAUUUCUAUGGGAACCUGCUAGGAAAAGGAGCCGUCUCUCCAGAAAAGGUCAUGUACACUACUUUCGUUGAUGGUCUUUUCAGGGCUGGUCAAUCAAAGGCUGCUUUGUAUUUUUGUGAAGAUAUGGAGAAAAAUGGCCUAUGUGCUGAUCUUAUUGCAACUAAUGUAAUUUUAAACGGAUAUUCAAGGAUGGGAAAAAUGGCAAAAGCCGGUGAUAUCUUUACAAUGAUGUGGAGUGGUAUUACAAUAUCCCCUAGUUUGGCUACGUAUAAUAUACUCUUGCAUGGGUAUGCAAAGAAAAAGAAUUUGUCAAAAUGCUCUAACUUAUACAAUAUCAUGAUGAGGACAGGCAUUUUUCCUGACAAAUUGACUUGCCAUUCUCUGAUUCUUGGAUUUUGCAAAUCUGCUAUGUUGGAUGUUGGUCUAAAGCUACUUAAAAAGAUGCUACUGGAUGGAGUUGCAGUUGAUCAGUGUACAUUUAACAUGCUUAUCAUGAAGUAUUGUGAAACUGAUGAGGUGGGAAAAGCCUUUGAUUUGGUAAAUAUUAUGAAUUUGUUUGACAUUUUUCCUGAUAUGACUACCCACGACUCCAUAAUUAGUGUACUCAGCAGAGUCUCUACUGUUCAAGAAUCUCAUCUUCUAUUGCAUGAAAUGUUGGAGAGGGGUUGUAUUCCAGAUCGCAGACAAUAUAUUGCUUUAGUUAAUCGUAUGUGUAGAAUGGGCCAUAUUCAUGGAGCAUUCAAGCUAAAAGAUGAAAUGGAAGCGCUAGGUAUAAGUUCCGGGGAUGUUGCUGAGAGCGCUCUGGUAAGAGGGCUUGCCAAGUGUGGGAAGGUUGAAGAAGCAAAGCUGGUUCUUGAUUUUAUGCUUCGGAAGAGCCUCAUUCCAACUAUUGCUACUUUUACAACUCUAAUGCACAUGUUUUGCAGGAAUGAAAGCCUUGUGGAAGCUUUAAAGUUGAAGGACACUAUGGAUUUUUGUGAUGUGAAACUUGAUGUUAUCGCAUACAAUGUCCUGAUAUCAGGGCUUUGUGCUGAUGGUGAUGUUGCAUCUGCAUUAAAAUUGUACAAAGAGAUAAAACAAAGGGGCCUGUGGCCCAAUAUGACAACCUAUUGCAUUCUUAUAGAUGCCAUUUUCACAAAUGAUAUUAGUCUUGCCAAGGGUGAAGUACUUUUGAAGGAUUUGCAAGAGAGGGGAGUAAUAUCAGGGCACUGGUGUGGAGGCAUCAGACAGGGCUUGAUAAUUGCCAUGGAUAGGUUGAAGUCCAUGAAGGCAAACAGAAGGGGUUGAUGCCAAAAUCUAGCAGGGUAGCACAGUAAAUGACUUGGGAACAGAAAAUGUACCAUAUGUGAGAGGGCAGAGGAGGCUCAGAUGGACUUCUAUUGUAUAAUCAGUUGUAUUCGUGAACUGGUCAAAUGCCCUAUGAUAGAUUCCUUGGGAUCAUAACUCCUCUUUUAAAUUUUGGAAGGGCCUUACAUCAAAUGUUUGGCCAUUUAGACUGUACACAGCCUUCAGUGGGCUUUGGUAAUACCAACAUGAGGUUACAGCAGUUGGUAUUCUUUAUGUAAGUAUAAUAUAACCUUUAGAAUUUCUUAUCUUUCUUCUUAGUUAUACUUUUAUCUAGCAGGUACCUGUAUCAGCACCAGUGGCUGGAUGUUGCUGAUAAUACUUACCCUUAUGAAAUAGUUGAUGAGAUGAUGAGGUGGAAAGCUAUUCUCUUGUGGGAAAUGUGGGACUGUUGAAGUGAGGCAUAAUAUGAAGAGCAGUCUUCUUGCCAUUGUUGAUGUUCUUUUCCGCCUAAACAGCAACAAGUUGGUGAGCUUACAGGCAUGCAGAACAAAGAAGAAAGGACCAAUGCAAAUUUUUUUGCAUUGUCCAAUGUUGGUGUGUUUGGAGCAAAAACGUUUAGGAACCUGACCUCACUGCAUAUGGUGUGGGUGCCAUCUGGCACAUGCAGCAGAUCAAACAUCUAUUAUUAGACUGAGGAUAUUCUGAUGGGCACUGCCUCAUGGUCUGGCAAUCAUGUCUUUUCAAUCUGUGGUGACAAAGUAACCAAACUGUGAUUGCUUUGUCCCUAGUCAUAGUUUCGGGGAAAAGAAAAUUAUUUAAUCUAUUAUCCCUUGUUAUGACUUCAGGGGAACCAAAUCUCUAUGUAGAUGACAGCAUAAUGAAGGUGUAGGAGGAAGCAGCCAUUUGCUGAUCAACGAUAAGAGGUGGCCACUGAGGGAACCAAAUCAAAUGCCCAAUACUAUCCAUUUACUUCUUUUAUUAUUUUGGUACAAAAGAAACUUGAUGAUCUCUUUGGAGAUGAUAUGUACAAGCAUUGGAUGCUAUACGGGGUAUGACUCUGCCAUCUGAGUUCAGGUCUGGUAGUUCUAAGCUAUUGAGGGAUUGCUUAUACCUAUAUAGGUAUUAAACAUGGUUUGUAAUUGGGUUUGAGCCCUUGCUGUAGCAUAUAUACUGGUUGUUACUGGAAUUGAAUCUAGAUAUUCACAAAUAAAUUUGGUUUCCUUUGCCUUGUAAGAAUUCUCUGAUUAGAACUUUUGGUUUGUUGUGUGUGAUAUUUCUGGAUGGUUGCUUAAUUAUUUCCUCUCUUUACAAGAGUCAUUGUUGGAUCAUUGUGUAUGAAUAUCUGGGUUCAUAUUUUCAAAUCUUGUCAAUGGUAUUAAAGGUGUAUUAGCCAGAACAUACUGCAUGAUAUAGCACAAUUGACCUUAUGUAGCUUCAAGCAUGCUGAUGGGAACUCUUGUCUUGCUUUCCCAAACAGGAUACAGGUCGACCAUUGCCAAAAUUUGGUGAAUGGGAUGUUAAUGAUCCUGCUUCAGCUGAGGGAUUUACUGUGAUCUUCAACAA